UAACCUGUGGCAGACCAAGUUGUAUAAAUAAUUUAAUGCCGUCUUUAAAACGGUCUGAUCCAAUAAAUACACGAGUCAUGGGUGAAAAAUGCAGGUUUCCUGUGUCCCUUGCACGUGCCAGCGAUCAGCUGUAAUGUUUGUUUACGUCAUCACCUGACUGACAGGCCGUGAGGAGGGAAACACUGGGAGAGAUAAACAUAUUAUAUAGAUAGUGAAAGAGAAGACACAAGGAACACAGUAAUGAAGAGAAACAUGAAGGAAGCGCCGCUGAAUGAACUAAUCUUCCCUACAAGAAGCUGAACUUGAGAAGCAAGGACUGGAUGGCCAAACUGGUCACAAGAAAAGAGGAUUGUGUCUUUUCCAGGCAUCCGUCUAUCAGGACAUAAGGACGCAAGGGAAGCUGUCAGAGCCACAGUCUGCUGAAGCUGCGCAAGGCUCGGCCAGACCAGCGGUGGGUUGGGGGCAGCUGGCAUGGACAGUCGCAAGUAUCGCAUCUGUGGGGAGGCUGGCACUGAGCUGACCAUUCCUGUCCCUACCGGCACCACUGUCUGGCUCGAGCAGCACCAGAAAUUGCUGGGUGAGAUAAACUGUGCAGGAGACAAGGUGUUGGUGGCUUGAGGUGGGCAGAGCAGCAACCCCAGCAACCAGUACAAUGGGCAGAAGGGACAGGGACACAUUGUGAAGCUGAAACUGAAGCUGUUGGCUGAUGUGGGUCUGGUGGGCUUCUCUAACGCUGGCAACAGCAUUAGGGAAGCCUGAGGAACAGUGGUGUUCCUCAGGGUUCUGUCCUGUCACCCACUCUUCUUAUUAUUCAUUAAUGAUCUUCUAAACCAAACUUCUUGUCCUAUCCACUCCUACGCUGAUGAUACCACCCUGCACUUUUCCACAUCUUUUCAUAGACGUCCAACCCUUCAGGAGGUAAACAUUUCACGCAGGGAAGCCACAGAACGCCUGACUUCUGAUCUUUCUAAAAUUUCUGAUUGGGGCAGAGCAAACUUGGUAUUGUUCAAUGCCUCAAAAACUCAAUUCCUCCAUCUUUCAACUCGACAUAACCUUCCAGACAACUAUCCCCUUUUCUUCAGUGACACUCAAUUGCCCCCCUCUUCUACACUGAACAUCCUCGGUCUGUCCUUUACUUAUAAUCUGAACUGGAAACUUCACAUCUCAUCUCUAGCUAAAACAGCCUCUAUGAAGUUAGGUAUUCUGAGACGUCUCCGCCAGUUUUUCUCAUCCCUCAGCUGCUAACUCUGUACAAGGGCCUUAUCUGUCCAUGUAUGGGGUAUGCUUCACAUGUCCGGGGGGUUCCACUCAUACUGCUCUUCUAGACAGGGUGGAAUCAAAAGCUUUUCAUCUCAUCAACUCCUCUCCUCUAACUUACUGUCUUCAGCCUCUCUCUCACCGCCACAAUGUUGCAUAUCUAGCUGUCUUCUACUGCUAUUUUCAUGCUAACUGCUCUUCUGAUCUUGCUAACUGUAUGCCUCCCUUCCUCCCACAGCCUCGCUGCACAAGACUUUCUUCUUUCUCUCACCCCUGUUCUGUCCACCUCUCUAAUGCAAGAGUUAACCAGUAUUCUCAAUCAUUCGUCCCUUUCUCUGGUAAACUCUGGAACUCCCUGCCUGCUUCUGUAUUUCCACCUUCCUAUGACUUGAAUUCCUUCAAGAGGGAGGUUUCAAGACACUUAUUCAUCAAUUUUUGACUACUGCUUUGAUCCUUUUAUGGGACUGGCAUUUCAGUGGCCAUUUUUUUUUAUUGGAUUUUUGUUGCCCUUGGCCAGUGUCCCUCCUACAUUAAAAAAAAAAAAAAAAAGUCCACACUGCUGUGGGCCAUCUCCAGCGCCAGACCCAAGGUGGCCAGCUACCCCUCCGACCCUGGGUGUGGUGAAGUACAGUGACAUGCGGCGGCUGACCAUCGCUGAUCUGCAGGGACUCAUCGAGGGUGCCUACUCCAACAUGGGGAUGGGGCACCGCUUCCUGUGCCACGUGGAGUGGACACACUUCCUCCUCUUUGUGGUAGACAUCAACAGCUUCCGGCUGUCACCCAAACACCCCAUACUGUUCACCCACCGAGAAUGUCAUGCUGGUCAACAGGGAUAUUUGAACCAGAAAGCAAAGCCAGCACAACCCACUUCAAAGCUUCCUUGGAGGGUUUCUAUGGACUCAUUCUAGAGAAACUGGUCACUGAGAAAUUUUCAGACUCCUCAUUGGCCUUUCCAAGCACCAGCAGUAUUAGCACAAUGGCACAAGAUGGGGAGGACAUGGUGCCUCUCGACCCCGAGCUUCUGGCUGUGCUGGAGGAGGAAGCAGCCUCUCGCUAUACUGAGGAGGAUAACCAGUUUACAGAGCACUGCAAGAAGAGCCUGCCUAAGCCGCCAAUACUCCCUGCUGACAGAUUUGACCGCAACAGACAGUGCAGAGGCAACUUUAGGCAUCAAGACUACAGGAAGGAAGGAGGCUGCAGGGAUCAAGGGGAGUACAGAGGUCAUGGGAAUUAUAGGGAUCGUGGGAAUUACAGGGAUCACAGGAGGGAAUAUUCUGACUACAGGCAAGGGAGGUUUGUCAGUGACCACAGAGAUCAUGAUGACAGCAGAAGGGAUAGCGAGAAGAGGAAGUACAGGUCUGAGAAGGAGAGUGAUGAGUAUGGAAGAAGGAAUUACCAGUCCAGCAAAUACUACAAUGGGUGGGGGGGGGGGUCAUCCUGUUGAGUUUUGUGAAUCCAGUGGCUGGUAUAUUUAUCUUUCAUCAGGGACUUCACACAAGCUUCCACGACAUUAAUUCUUUGACCAUUACCAAAAGUUACUGACAUUUAAUUUACAUUUAAAUGCCUGCCUGCCUGUCUGUUCAUAUCUUUCUCUCACAAUGUACUCACCAUUCACUUGUGAACAUUUAGAUUUUUAGGAAAUAUUUUUGAGCAAGUUCCUUCAUCACAAGGCAACCAUCUACUAAAAAGAAAGAAAAAUGGAAUAUAUGUUGGCAUUUCCUUGAUUGCUUUUGGUGUUAAUGUGUGACUUUCCAGAGUGACAAUACAAGUGUUAUCCCCACUACAAGUCAUGCACUAUAUAUAACAUCACUGAGUAUCUUUUCUCUCAUUUUCAUAUAAAUGUUUGUAACAUUUUCAUAUAAAUGUAUGCUAACUUUUAUGUGGACUUACUGUAAGAUUUUUUAAAAGUAAAGUAUUUUUCCAA